UGAUAAAUAGCAGUUCCGUUCAUCCUUCCGCCUCCUCUCUCUUCCCAACGACGGCGCCGCAACCAAUAGCUCAAAACACCUGCAUAAUUAAAUCAUGACCUGUAUGAGGCCCAUAUGUAGCUUUCGCAUGGAUCGUCAAAUUCUCCGUUCUUCGCUUAACAUUCUUCAUGCACUUUGGCGGCUCGUACUCUUGCUAUGUCUCUGUGUGCCCAACCCACGCACGGGGUUCGAUGGUUCGAGUUUGUUGGCGGGGAGUGCUCGGAGCAGGACAUUGCUUGCUGGGAUUUGGAAUGGUGGACGAGGGAGCAUGCUCAAAACUCGUGAUACUGCAGUAUCCUCGGGAAUUUUAUGGUGGUUAAUAUCACUAUUGCCACUUAUUGUUAUUAAUGUGAGCACGAUCCACGAGCUCUUCUGACUGGGUACGAGUCUGAUUUCCCUAUGGCUCGGCGACCCAUCACUGACUCGAACAGAAACAACACUUCUUGAAACAACACCGUUGAGGAAUUAUGCACAUGGUCGAUGUUGAUUUAUCAGAUUCUGAUUGAACCAAUCGUCGAGUCCCGAAAUUAAGAGUCUGAGGUUCAUGCAAGACCUCGCGAAACAUGACAAUCAAUUGAUA